GAUUGUAUUAUAUUUCAUCAUGGCCGCAGCACCACAAAGACACGAGUCGUACAACAACAGAUUUCGUCGUUCUUCCACACUUUCGUCUACUGGAGCGUCGGUCUCCGAAAACAUCUGCAGUGUGUCGUCAGGCAUGGACAUCUUCGGACAGCCGCCGUUCGGUUCACUAAGGCUGCAGCUGCACCCGCAAGGCGAUGGCCGCCUUCCCCGACAAACCAGCUGCGAGCAGCCGCAGUCUCCCUCCACACCGCAACCUCUUGACGCGUGCGGUGCCGCGCCGCCCAAGCCUCUGGCUCCUGGCAAACCGCGGCGGCUGUCGCGCCAGGCGAGCGCGGACACCAAGCGGCAAGCUUUCGCGGGUGCACGGCAGGGUAGCGGCAGCACCGGCGGCCACUGCAACGCCAUGUCCGGGGAGUCGGUCGACGACGUCUUCUUUGAAAUGGGCGGAAGCGGAAGUGGCGCGCAUCACUACAACUUACUCCACGAACCGGCGCUGUUUCCGGGCAAGCGGAAGCCCGAGCCCAUCUUGUCAACUUCCUCCACGGCCAGCAUCCUUCCCAACCCUUACAACCGCAUCAACCACCGCAUCCACAGCAUGAUCUGGUGCUGUGGCUGUCUCUACUUUGUCUUCUUCUGCUGCCUUCCCGCCAUCCACUUCAUGGAGCACUCGGACAUCGAGUACAACCAGGGCGACCACAAGAGGGCGCGCACCCUUGGUCGGAUGUCCACCUUUCUCUUCUUCACUGGCAGCCUCGUCAUGUUGUGCAUCUUCGCGCUCGUCUUCUUCCUGGCCAUCUUCUUCACUGUCUACAACUAAAAUCCACGCGCGGUGUCUCUAGUACAGCGAGGCUGGAUGUCCUGCGUUCAGAUCUCGUCUCGGGCACGACAUUCCUUUUUUCUGUAUAAAGGGCCGGGUGCUUUGCCGUGAAAUAACUUUACUUGUCAGAUCUGAAAAUGACACCGAUUUUGCUUCUCCUCCCUGUCAGACAAUAGGGAGGAGUUUCCAUCAUCAACUACAUGCCUUGUCGCUGGUUAGACAGACGCGCGCCACUUACAUAAUACUUUGGUGGUCGAGCAGUCAGAAGGAAAGCUGCUGGUCAGUCUGAAAUUUCUGUUGUUUCAAAAACUAGACACCGAAUGUCAGAAUUUAAUGAAACAUUGACUCAUCAUUGCCAAUGUUCGCACUAUAAAUUUCCGGUGACGAUGGGCUUUGUUGAAACCAGUCAGCGUGGUCAUAAUUUUCUUGGCAAAAUGUUUACCACCGUAAUAUUAAAUCCGCACAGCAUAGUGGUUUUCUAUUUAUUCAUUUGUUUCCUCAUUAUUCGCGGAAAUAGGAUGGACGGAUGAUGCACCUAAACGUUGUUUGUCAUGGAAAUAAUGCGUCUGCUUGGCAGCUUUAUUGUUUACCUUGUGAAGAACACCAGGAGUACUUCACUCAAAACUCUGACAGACAAUAGCCAGGACACAUGGCCUCAACAAAUUUUAACCAUGACACUAGUUAAGGACGUUUUAACUUGACUUGAUGAAUAGGGAAAGUUACAAAGUACAAUAGUUUAUAGUGCUCUUAGUGAUCAGUCGUGUCUAGGGUACAUGGAGGGUGGCACCUAACACACUCUCACCUGCUCUAGAGAGCAGUGUUCACACCACACAUCUAUAGCGCUUCUCCCAUGACUUGCUGAAUGUUUGUCUAUGAACAGGCAGCACCGAGUUUCAGAAGAUUUCAGUUUUUUUCUUCUUUGACUGAGAAGACAGUUUGGUGUGUUGGUAUGAUUACAAAAGUUACCUAUGUGACAGUUUUUACAAAAGCUGUACCGCGUGUAGCUGACAGACUGUUCGUGGACUGCCAACACUCAUCUGAUGUCGCAAGUCUGAGUAUGGACCUGUGGGUACACCAGCUUGUAUUUGAUGUUUGUUACAGGAUUGUGUGCUCUACAAAACCAUCUGCUGGUCGCUAGACUUUGCUAAUAAACAUCCUGGAAUAAGAUAAAUUUUUAAAACCCAAUACACAUGUGAAAUUAAAACAUGUUGUAAUGAGUUAGGGUUAGAUAAAUGAAAAGGGAGAAAUGCUUUCACUACUUAAAUUUAACUUUGAGUAGUGCUUGCUUUGUGAGAGAAUCGCGUGUGUACAUUUACGAGAUAGAUGGUGUGGUGAGCAAUCUCAUUAAUUGAUACAACACAUGGCUUAUCAGUUGUUCUGAUCAGAUGUGUAGAAGCGAGCAAUGAUGUGAUGGAUGUCUAUUUACGAAAAUGAAAUGUGUGAUAAAAUAGACCUAAAACAAACGCUAAAAUAGUUAUUUUUUAAAAAUUGGAUAAAUAGCAACACAAUUUAAUAUUCUCAAGAUUUAAAAUUCAACAGAUACCAAAAUUGGAAUACUAACACUCAGAUACAUGCUACCUGUUUAUUUCCUGUAGUAAACAUACCUUAUACAACAACUUCUCUGGAUGGAGUGUUCAAGAUCCGUUAAUGAACUGUUCAGGGAUGUAAAAUGUGAACCAUGCAAUUCAACAGGUCAGCGCCAGUAGACGGAUGUCCAUCUAUCAUGGAGGAUAAUGACAGCAUGUAACUUUACUACAAAAGGUUGACAGCGUAUCCUGGCUCGCCAGUCAAUAGCCGGGGCUUCGUACAUCUCGGAGAUUAACGACUGGAUUCAUGAAUCUCUCUCUUAUGCAAUAGACCAAAGUUGUAAUUGUUAGUUUUAUUUAUGGUUUUUACAAAUUGCACACUGUACAAAUUUAUGUACACUUAGCUCUGAUCGUUAUUUUGUAUUAUUUAUUUAUUGCUGAAAAUGAGUGCCUCUGCCUUAAGGUGUAUAUGUUGCAGGUACCUUAUUGGCGUCAAAAUGUCGGCGAGGGUGCUAUAUAUGAUUUGUUAAAAGAGUCGGUUAACAAAAAUGAUGAUUAUAACAUUAUUUACAUGGGCUGUGUGAGAUGUUCACUCAGAAAGAGAGCGACCAAGUGUGAAGUGGAUAUGUUUGGACUGGCAUACGCCGCAUGCUGUUUAAAUGACUGCUGUAUUCAAUUAAAAACUGUACCUGUGUGUUAUC